CCAAUCCAGUCCUUCCCUGUCUCUCCCCGUCGUUACCCCAGGCAGAUGAAUGGGCGGGACUGGUAUCUCCACAAAUUCCUCUUGGCCUCCAAUUAGUUUCCUGAUUGCCACGCUGCAAACAAGGCCUUGCAAAGAAGAGCGGAAGAAAGGUCGGUCAGCGAGUCGCAGGCAGCAGCUUGUCUUUACGAGCCAUAGCAAUCUUUGGCCAUGUGGUUCUACUUGGCAGCCUUGCUGGGUCUCUAUCUCCUGCGCCGUUGGUACCGUGAGAAGCAGACUGUGAGCAAUCUGACAGAGAAGUAUGUCUUCAUAACUGGGUGUGACUCUGGAUUUGGCAACCUGCUGGCCAGACAACUGGACGCACGGGGCCUCCCGGUCCUGGCAGCAUGCCUUACGCAGCAGGGGGCAGAGAAGUUGAAAGAAGCGACGUCUCAGCGGCUGCAGACCACCCUCUUGGAUGUCUGCAGCACUGAAAGUGUGGUCAAAGCAGCAGAAUGGGUGAAAAGCAUUGUAGGUGACAAAGGGCUCUGGGGACUAGUGAACAACGCAGGCAUUUCAGUCCCAACGGCCCCUAAUGAGUGGCUGACGAAGGGAGACUUCCAGAAGGUCUUGGACAUCAACUUGCUUGGCCUGAUUGAUGUCACCAUCCACAUGCUGCCUCUGGUGAGGAAGGCCAAGGGGAGGAUCAUCAACAUAUCCAGCGUAAUGGGCCGGAUUGCUUUCUUCGGAGGGGGCUACUGCCCUUCUAAAUACGGGGUUCAGGCAUUCUCUGACAGCCUCAGGCGCGAGAUGUCCUGCUUUGGAGUGAAGGUCUGUAUAAUCGAGCCAGGCUACUUCCAAACCAUGAUCACGAAUGAAAAGCUCAUCUUGGACAACUUCCAUGGCUCCUGGGAGCGGCUCCCAAAGGAGACCAAGCAAGCGUACAGCGAGGCUUACCUGCAGAAAUUACUCAAAGAAACCCGUGAAAUCCAACAUCGUUGCAGCUCCAAUCUCUCUCUGGUUACCAACUGCAUGGUGCAUGCCCUGACUGCUGAACACCCCCGCACCCGCUACUCAGCUGGCUGGGAUGCCAAGCUCAUUUUUCUCCCAAUGAGCUACAUUCCCACAGGGCUCACAGACUGGUUCUUUGCCCUGUCUUACCCCAAACCAAUACAUGUGGAAUAAAUAUUUCAUGGGAUCGUUAGAUGUGGAGUCUACAAUGAUGAGCUGGAAAUCUUGCCAGUUAAUGGGGGAACUGGUUUUUAUUUUUCUUUAAUUAUUCUUGUAGUGGAUUAUAGUCUUUGUCUCAGAGCAAGUUCACGUGAGGGAAAGAAAUGCUGAAUCAUCCUUGCUGAGCUUUCUGGAAAAGGCUACUCCUAAAAUUCUUCUAUAUUUCUGGUAGGUUCAAAAAUGGCUGCCGCUGCCACCCCUCUCUAUUACACAACUUGACCCUCCCUGCCUGGGGUGGAAAUCCCAGGGAAAACCCUUUCUUUUGCUAUUUGAAAAGUACAACAAAAACUUCCACUUGCAAGCCUACACAUGGGAAGAAAACUGAUAGCUGUUGACCAUUUGAGGUGUGUUUCCAACAGAUGGGGAAAAAACCCUUUCAGCCCCCACCCCUUUCCUGAGUUAAAAACCCACUCGGAGAGGCUUGUAAAAUGCAAAUAAAAACCAACAGUUUUAUUCAAAUGCCACAAACUGCUUCUGUCUGAGGCUUUCUCAGCUUUCAGUUACAGGAAAAAAUACUCAGUAGGUUAGGGGUGUGCAAUUCGGGUUUUCGGGUGAUUCGGCUCGGACCCGAACCGAAUCUCCCCUGUUUUGUUUUGUGCCCGAAUCUGGGUCACCCGAAUCACCCUUGAUUCGGUUCGGAUUCGGAUUUAAUCCGAAUCCGAAUCGAUUCGGGGGGGUAAAAAGGGGCCCAGGGGCAAAAUUUUGGGGUGGGGUGGUAGUGCCCAAUGGGUAGAGUCUACCACCCCAAUUUCAGGGGGAUUGGGAAAAAUCCUGAUUUUUGGUGAAUUUUUAAAGUUUUAGUGACUUUGGGGCAGUUUGGGGGCAUAGCAUGGGAUCUGGGCAAAAGGAGUGGGGUGGGGUGGUAGUGCCUAAUGGGUGCAGACAACCACCCCAAUUUCAGGGAGAUUGGGCAAAGGGCUGAUUUUUGGUAAAUUUCUGAAAUUUUCAUGUCUUUGGGGCAGAUUGGGGCAUAUUGGGGCAGAAAGUGGGGCCUGGGGCAGAAUAGUGGGGUGGGGUGGUAGUGCCUAAAGGGUGGAGGCUACCACCCCAACUUCAGGGGGUUUGGACAAAGGGGUGAUUUUUUUGAGAAUUUUUGAAGUUUUAGUGACUUUGGGGCAGUUUGGGGGCAGAAAGUGGAUCUGCCCCAAAAUAGUGGGGUGGGGUGGUAGUGCCUAAUGGGUGGAGGCUACCACCCCAAUUUCAGGGGGAUUGGGCAGAGGGCUGAUUUUUUGAGAAUUUUUGAAGUUUGGGUGUCUUUGGGGCAGAUUGGGGGCAGAAAGUGGAUCUGCCCCAAAGGAGUGGGGUGGGCUGGUAGAUAGUGCCUAAUGGGUGGAGGCUACCACCCAUCCCCAAUUUAAGAGUGAUUGGGCAGGGGGUGAAUUUUGGUGAAUUUAUUUUUAUGAGGUUUGUCUUCAUAAGGUGAAGUGUGCUAAAUUGAUUACUUCCUCAUAUUAUUCAUAGUAAAGGAAAGUGUGAAAAAGUGAAAGUGGGGUCAUGAGAGUUGUUUAAUUGAAAAAAAUCUCAUUUGCUAUGAUAGAAUAAUUCACACCUCAGAAGUUUUUUUUCUAUCAACCAUGAACCGAAUCACCUGAAUUUUUCGGGUCCAAAAUUCGGGUGAUUCGGCUCGUGCCCGAAAAAUAUCGGGGGACAUCAGGGGUGAUUCGGUUCGGCCCCGAAUCACCCGUAAUUGUUCGUUUCGGGCACAGAUCGUUCUGUGCCCGAAAUUUUUUGCACAUCCCUACAGUAGGUUACAAGAAUACUUCAAAAAGCAUCCCAGAUGAUGUUGGGGUGGCAUACUUUGUAGGAAAAUACCAAAGCGCAUUUAAAAUCUUACAGAGACUUUUGCAACAUCCUGGCUAAGUCUAAUACAAAAUCUGACUAAACAAACUUUCCCAAGACUAAAGUUCCUGAAGCCAAAAUCCUGGCUUCUUUUGUCUUGAGCUCGAAACCCUGGUUGAGAAUCAAACUCCUGGCUUCCCAGGACCUGCAGAAGGGACAUUCUCCUGCAGCCAGUUCUCAUGGCCACAUGUCCUCUCUGCACUCCCAGCCUGUUUCUCCUUACAAAGAACUGAGCUCUUCCUCCCAAUGGCUCUCUAGGUCCCACCCACCUGGUGUGUUGAUUGGCUGAGCUCUGGAGUUUACCAGCCUGUCAGUUAGGACAGGGGUCACUUCCAGUCACUUCCAGGGUUCAAUUCCAAUUCUGCAGGAGAGGGCUGGCUGGUCACUACAAUUCCUUAUUUAUUUAUCUAUUUUCCAUUCAGAGAGGAGGUUUUGGGAUCUUUUUGGCUUUUUAGGGGGGGGGGUAAGAUGCUUUCUUGGGGAUUAGCACUGCCACCUGCUGAUCACCUACACUCAAGCAAGGGCACCCCUGCAGACUCUCAAAGUGGCAGCUGCCGUGCUACUGCUGUCUUGUUUACUUGUCUACUAUAGGUGUGUCAUCGGUGCCUAGAGAGGAGAAGGAGCAGCAGCCUCCACUUGCCUUGACUUCUCCCUGCAGGCAGUAGUGCAGAUUGAGCCCAGAGAGAGAAGGCAGUUGAAUGGAAAAGAGCCAGGAUGGUGAGGAGGAGGUAGGCCAGCUCUAGUUCUGCACCCCGUACUUGUGGGGUUUGUGUGCAGCAGUUAGAUCUGGUUGCUGCAUGGAUUUAGUCUGGAGUGGCAGAAAGCAAAAGAUGAGCAAGUGGGAGCACCCAAGCAGGCAGGCAAACUGACUUGACUGGAGGGCAAAAAGGAAUGCAGGGAACUCUUCAGAACAGCUCUCCUGUUGACAUCUACAGAAGCUUGCCACUAAAUGCUGCAUCCCUUCCUGGAAGAUGAGAAAGUAAACAAUGUAAUAUUGGGGUUUAGUUUUGGGGUUUUUUUUUACAGAAAAGGAGGUGGGGAGAGAAGCUAGGCAGUUGCAAGGCAGUUAGUCUAACGUCUCUUCCAGCUGAACUGUUGGAAACCACUAUUUAAAAUUGAGCCUUUGCUCAAUUUGUAUUGAGCAGGUUCAUAAAGGAACAGAAUAUUGCUUUGAUGAAUACUAACAUCGAAACCUGUUGAGGCAGACCAAUCCAAUUUGCUCCUCAGUCUCCAUCGCAGUUUUUAGAAAGAGUGUAAAAUCUUGGCUUUUUACCCAGGCUUUUAUAUUAUUGUCUCUACUACUGCUGCUUUGUAAUUUUUAUGGUUAUAUUGUGCUUGGGUUUUAAAAAAAUCUUUUAAAUCGGAUUUGUAUUUUUAUAUUCUAGCUUAACAUUUUAAUUGUAUAAUCUUUAUAGUCUUGUGUUAACUUUUGUGUGAUCCGCCUUGAGAUAGUUUUAAUGAAAGGUGGCACAGUAUUGAAAUGCAACAGUAAAAAUAAAAUAAAAUCCUAGCAGCUGCCUUGUCCAUGCAUUUGAACAUAUAUUGGCCCAUGUAUUAGUCACACUAUUGACAUCCAGCACCAAGGUAACGACAGGGCUGGUUUUUUUCAUACUUUGUUUGGAAUAGCAGAAUGGUUUUCUGUAAGAGAAAACCUAUGUACAGAAAUCAGCUCUACAUGCAUGCUUAAUUAUUUGUUAAGAAUAUUAUCUUAUCUUAUUAUCCAUCUUAUUUGUUUAUUUCUCUGUGUAAACCGCCCUGAGCCAUUUUAGAAGGGCGGUAUAGAAAUUGAAUUAUUAUUAUUAUUAUUAUUAUUAUUAUUAUUAUUAUUAUUAUUAAUGCACAGACUGACUACAAACAAAGGCAUGACAAGGUAGCAGGGAUGGUACACUGGAACAUCUGCAAAAAAUAUAAGCUACCUGUAGCCAAAAAUUGGUGGGACCAUAAAAUUGAAAAAGUGGUAGAAAAUGAAGAUGCACAAAUAUUAUGGGACUUCCGACUACAAACAGACUAACAUCUGCCACACAAUACACCAGAUAUAACUGUAGUUGAGAAGAAAGAAAAACAAGUUAAAAUAAUCGACAUAGCAAUACCAGGGGAUAGCAGAAUAGAAGAAAAAGAAAUAGAAAAAAAUCACCAAAUACAAAGAUCCACAAAUGGAAAUUGAAAGGCUGUGGCAGAAAAAGACCAAAAUAAUCCCUGUGGUCAUUGGCGCCCUGGGUACAGUUCCAAAAGACCUUGAAGAGCACCUCAACACCAUAAGGGCCACAGAAAUCACCAUCAGCCAAUUACAAAAAGCAACUUUACUGGGAACAGCCUAUAAUCUGUGAUGAUAUCUAUAAUAACAGCAACAGCAUUGACAAUAAAAUUCAGCCAUUCCAGGUCCUUGGGAAGGACUCGAUGUCUGGAUAAAACAAACCAGUCUAACACACCUGUCUGACUGUGUAAAUAAAUACAUAUAUUUCUUUUCCACUUUUCAACUUAAGAAGGGGGUUUUCAGAAAAGCUUACAGUUUUUGAAAGUUUUGCAGACAUUUGCAGAUGACAUGAAAUUAUUCAGGCUGAUGACCCAAGCUGUCUGCGAGGAGUUUCAGAAGGAUUUUUUCAGACUUGGUGACUGCAACAAAAUAGCAAAUGAGAUUAAAUGUAAGCUAAUGUAAAGUGAUGAACUCUGAAGGGAGGAAAACAAUCCUAACUUCACAUGUAAACUCUUGGGAUCUGAGCGGGUAGUGGUUAACCAGGCCAGGGCUCUUGGGAACCUUUUGGGUGACUCAAUGAAAACAUCUUUAAUGAGUGGCUGGCAACUGUAGAAAAAUGCAAAUUAGAUUCUGGGAUUAUUGGGAAAACAUUUGAAAAUAAAAUGUUUUAUGUAAAUAUA